AUGUGUGCUUGCGAAUUAAAAAAUUACUUUGACAGGUAUCCGAAAUGGAUGCACACAUUUGAAAAUCAACUUUCACUGGAUUUUCGAACGAAACAGGACAACGCCUUAUUGCUGUAUGCAGAUGAUGGAGGUGUACAGGGAAAUUUUUACUCACUGACAAUUGCUAAUGGGAGGUUGCAGUUGGAUUUCAGGCUGGGUGAUGAGUCAAACGAUCUGUCCUCAGAAAGGCCUGUCAUAACGAUGCGGCUCAACGAUAUUGUGGUGAGCGACUAUCGCUGGCAUCGGUUAACGCUGUUUCAGGUUGCUUUUUUAAUGUGCCUGAUAAUGUUUCAGGACAUUCAUUUGUUGGGAGUGAUGAGUUCACCGCUAAAGCGACACACCAGAACGUUUGCUGGGGGUGUGAAGAAUUUGUUAUACAGAAUGUAUCCUCAAGGCGUGACCUCACCGCAACUUAUCGAAAGUGUAGGCAUGAGACAGUCGGAUGAGGAUUACUGCAAGCCAACAAAUAUCGCCGGCACUGAAGAUCAUUUCUGCAGGAAUAGCGGGAUUUGCUAUAGCACAAACGAAGGCCCUAAAUGUGACUGCUCAUUCACCGACUUCCAAGGAAGACGCUGCGAGCAGCCUCGUGCCGAUUCGGAAUUAUCAUUUUUUGGUCAAGAAUGGAUCGGAUACGAUGUGAGCAACAGUUCGGCAGCAGUGAUACGUUGCCGAUCCGAGAACAUAACACUAUCGUUCAAAACGGUGCAUGGAAGAGCGCUUCUGUAUAUCGGAGGCGAUCGCUCAUUUCACGAGCGGUGA